AUGCAAGGCAAUGCUAAUUACCCAAAGAUAAACUGGAAGCUUUAUGUUCCAGUAAAAGGAGAAACUUUGGCUGAGAAAAAGGAAAGACUUCAUCAUGCAGAAGUCGAAAAGAAACGAGUACUCAGGCAGCGUGCACGACUCAAUUACGCAACUGGUCAAGAAGAACGCCUUAAAAACAAAGAGAAAAGAUUGAAGAAUCUUGAAGAAAAGCUCCAGAGGAAAGAAGAGAGACUUUGCAAGAAGGAAGACAUAUUAGACAGAAGAGAAAAGAUGCUCAUUAAAGAAAGAAAACACAAAGGAAGAAAUGCUGGAAGAAUAUGUAGGAAAGCUUUUCAUUAA